GUCAUUCUGGGCGGCAAAUAACCACCUUGCGCAAGUCACUUCCCUGAAGCCUGCUGAACCAAUUUCCCGUCCAUGGUGCCACGCCGCGCCUUCCCGCGCGGCUUGACGGCCAAUCGGUCUUCGCGGCAGCGAGCAGCGAAGGGCGGUUCUUCGUCAGACGCGGUAAAACCCGCGGGCCGUGCGCGAGAGCUUGUCGAAGCGCUCUCGUCGACGACGGGCCUGUCGCUCGACGUCGCGAACCUGUCGCAGCUGAAGCGACUCGUGCGACAAGACGACGACUGUAUGCGCGCCGCAUUCGACGCAAUCAUGACGCGACUCGAGAAUAAGCACGCGCAGAUCCGCCUUUUGCUGCUCCUCGUUAUAGACUACCUCUUUAUGCGCUCCCGCAUUUUCCGCCACCUCCUUCUCCCCGCGCAUCUCCUCCCCUUCCUCCGCCUCACACUAGGCAUCCACCCAGCAUUCCCCCUCCCCCCGCCCGCCGCCCGCGCCUCCCUCCUCCGCGCGCGCACGCUCGAGUGCCUACAAGCCUGGGCGGCAGCUUUUGUCGCUUACUACCCGUCCCUGGGCAUGGCUUUGCGCUACCUGGGGGGAACGCUCAAGCUCCCCCUGCCGCAGGGGGGAACCGCGGGGGAGCGCGCGGGGGUGGAGGGCGCGCGGGAGAGGGAGCGGAGGGAGAGGGCCGCGCGGGUGCAUACAGCGCAGCUGGCGCGAUAUGAGAGGGCGCGCGCGGAGUGGGGGGAGUGGGGGGAAGAGAUGAGGGGAGCUGUGGGGGAAAUGGAUGCGGUGAUUAGAGUGCUGGAAGGGGGAGGGGGGGAGGAAGAGGGGGAGGGGAGAGUAGGAGCAGGAGAGGGAGGAGCAGGAAGAGGAGGAGGUGGAGGGUUGGGAGAGACGAGAGAGAGGGAGAAGAGCGAGCCAGCGGACAAGCCCGCUUUAACUGAGGGGAGGCGUGGAGAGGAAAGCUGUGGAGAGGAAAGCGGUGGAGAGGAGAGGUGGGGAGAAGACGAAGAUGGAUUUGCUGUUGACGAUGGCGUGUGCUGGGAGGGGUUCGGGCGCGCUGACCUGCGCACCAUAUCCCAGCGCACAGAGGCCCACGCCCGCCUCUCCCAUCGACUCCUCGCAGCACAAGCGCGCUCAGACAACCCUGGCCCAGGCUCCAACCCCGGCCUCGACCCCAGCCUCGGCCCGAGCCUCGGCCUUGGCCUGGUGCGGCGGCUGUCCGCCCUAGCCGGCACGGUGCAGGGGCGGUAUCUGGUUAUGAGCCAGGAGUGGGUGCACGCGUUGACCAGGGUUGACCCGCUGGACCCCGGGAGCAGGGAUGAGGUGCUGAGAGCUGUGAUUGCGGUGAGGGGGGAGAUGAAGGGCGUUCUGGAGCGGUGCCGGGCGGUGGGGGUGACAUGGGAGGUGAGGGAGGAGGGAGGGGAGGAGGGAGGGGAGAAGGAGGGGGAGGAUGAAGGGGAAGAGGACGUGGAGUGGGAGGAGGGUGGCGGUAACGAGCUCACAGGUGGUGAUGGUGGUGAUGCUGAUGCUGAUGUUGGUGGUGGUGGUAAGAGGAAGGUUGGGGAUGUGGAGAGUGAUGGUUUCACGGGUGUUAAAAGAAAGCACCAUGAGAAGCAGCAGCAGACGCAGGAGCAGCAGCAGGAGGUUGAAGGAGCGGACCUGGAGCACGAGAAUUCACCACCAUCACUAACAGCAGCACCAUUAGCCGCAGUAGCAGCAGCAGCAGCAGCAGCAGCAGCAGCAGCAUCAGCGUCCGAAUCAGAGGCAGAGGAGCAGCAGGGCGUGCGGUCCCAGCUGUUAAAGCAAGCGCCACAGCUACCCUGGGGGCCGCACCUGCUGCUGUGGGGCGAGGAGGAGGCCGGCAGCAUGCUGGCCAACCAGAGGGGGCUCAGCGUGAGCAACCACUGGGGCCCGGUGGACGAUAGUGCGUGCGUGCCCGCUCAGCGGGUGAGGGAGCUCAUGGGGCUCCAGGUUAGCUACUAUGAGCCACCUAAAGGGGGGGCGGGGGUUGCGGAGAGGAGGGUGGAGAGUGGGAAGGGGGGCGGCACCGAUGGGAGAACGAAGGGGGUGGGGGGAAAAGGGGAGGAGAGGGAUGGGAGCGAGGAGAUGAGAGGGGAGGAGGGGUCGGAUGGGAGGGAGGAGAGUGAGGAGGGGGAGGGUAGGGAGGGGAAUCCCGUAAGGGAGGAGAGGCUUGAGUCGGUGAAGAGGGGGAAGAGGCUGAGGGAGGGGGAGGGGUUGGAGGGAGGGCAUGGUGGGGGUAGUGGUGGGGGUGGUGGUGGGGAUGGUGGUGGGGGUGGUGGUGGGGAUGGUGGUGGGGACGUUGAGGGAGAAGGGUUGGAGGUGAGGGAGGUGGUGAGUGGGCCAUUGGAUUGUGGGUUCGUUGGGAGGGUGAGUGGGAGAGAGAGUGUGCUUGCGAGUGGGGAAGUGAGUGGAUGCAGGAUGGGGGGAGUGAGUGAGGGAAAGGGUAAGGGAGGGAGUGCUGGAGUGAGUGAGAAAGAGGGUGGAAGGUUGCAGGGAGGGUUGAAUCCGAGUAAGGCAGUGGGAUCAGAUGGGGUGCUGAGUGAGGCGCUGCAGCGGCAGCUGGGGAGGCAGGCCGUGUGGAAUGUGAGGCGCAGGGAGAGGCAGGGGGAGAGGCAAGGGGGAGGCAGGAAGUGCGAGGGGCGUGAUGGGGGCGGGCUGGGUAUGGUUGGUGGUGGUGAUGGUGGUGGGGACAGGCGUAGACAAAGUUCUUGGGCGGAAGGGAGGGAGGGAGAGAGCAGAGAGGGAGUGCAGGAGACUGGAGGGAAGGAUAAGGGAGGGAAUGAUGUUGAGGCGUUGAGUGAGAGGAGGCUGGAAGCUAGUGCGAAUGCUGUGAGGGGUGAUGCUGCGAGGGUAGGAGAGGGGACGAGUAGCGACUGGGGAGUGGGUGAGAAACUUGCAGAGACAGAGAGUGGAGGGGACAGAGGGGAAGGAGGAGCACAGAGAAACGGAGGAGCACGCAGCUUGCUGGAUUGGUACGGAGGGGAGAGAAGGACGCAAGCGGAGGAUGGGCGCAGCUUGCUGGGUAUGCGUGUGCCCAUGAGCGUGAGCGAGAGCCGCAGGUUGGGGGUGGAGAGGCGGAGGGCCGUGCUGCGAAUAUCAGCCAAUCUCAAGAGGCGUGCUCUGCUGCUGGGAGGAGGGGGAGACGUGCCACCACGACCAGCUAGGCUUGCCGAGCCCAGAGAAGCUGCUGGCAGGUGCGAGGAGCAGCAAGGAUAUGCGUUUGGAGAUGCGAUGGGGGGUGGCGGUGGCGGUGGUGGGGGCAGUGGGGCAGAGGGGAUGGAAGGAAGGUGCGAGGCGGGGCAAAGGGAGCAGUGGAGACUGCGAAAGGAGUGCAAGGAGCGAGAAGAACAAGCAGGAGCAAGGGGAGGCGUGGGCGCUCGCAUCCGUGCGCACAACGAUGCGGUGCUCACGGCCGCAGAGGCGAGGGGCAAGGGGGGUGUGUGCGGGGGGGGAGGAGCAGCGGGGGAGGGCGACCCGUGGGGUUGUGGGCUUAAGGGUGAGCAGAGGGUGGUGCUUAGUGGAGGGAUGGGGAGCAGUGUGGGGAUUAGUAGGCAGGGCAGCAGCGAUGGAGCAGAUAGAGAGGGAGGAGAGGCAGAGGGACAGAGAGGCCCGGGUCAACCAGUGGUGAUGCUGCUUGUGCUGCUGGUGGUGAUGCGGGUGGUGCUGGUGGUGCUGGUGCUGGUGAUGCUGGUGGUGCUGGUGGUGAUGCGGGUGGUGUUGGUGGUGAUGCUGGUGCUGGUACCGCAGUACCGUAGUACCGUAGUACCGCAGUACCGUAGUACCGCAGUACCGUAGUACCGUAGUACUGGGAGCACACCUACAGUGUGGGCAUUGGUACUACCUACCGGUGGUAUCUGUCCUUCAUGUCAUGUCCGGUCGAAUGAAGAAGACACUCAUGGUUACAAUGGCUGCUAUGUAUACCCUGUUGUUGACAUUGUAAAUAUGCAUGGGUGGGCGUACUGUAAUUUAAG